UGGAUGUAGAGACGCAGCUCUACUUUGCACUCGCCGGACCCAGUUAGAUGUUGUACCCGGCCUGGUUACCAUGGUAACGGGAGUCGCGGUUUGUCUCCGAACUGAGUGAAGAGGUUCUAGAGGCCUAUCUCAUUACCAAUCAUGAAGGCAUCUUCAAAGGGUCUUCUCACCCAGAUUUCUCAGUUCUGGAAUAUGCUCGAUGAUUUGGCUGAAAAUGAUCCUGAGCGCUACAAGAACUUCAUUGAGCAGGAGCUGAAAGAUGGAAAAGAGCUCUGUGUCGACCCAGAACCACAACUCUGCCUACAGACCAAGAUUCUAAAACCAAAAGAAAAAAUACUUUUUAUCAACCUAUGUCAAUGGAAAAGGAUCCCGGCUCCCCAAUCAGCCACUCAUCCUGUACCUAUAUAUGUUGGCAGACCAGAAGAUUUCUCUGAGGCAUCAGGUUCCUAUACAGUCAUUGAUGUUGCCUACAACCCUGGUGUUCUGCAAGCAGCAGAGAAAGACCAAGGGAUCAAAGAUCAGUUAAUAAAAAUGGCCAUUCAUUGCAUUGAGGAGCGACUCCACUUCACACUCGCACAUUCAUACCGUGUUACUAGCUUUAAAAUAAAAGGAAACAUUCAGAGAAUGAAAGAAAAUCUGAUGGGCAUUAAAACUGACUUCACAGGCUUCAAAGAGAUAAUGAGAACUGAAGAUACUCUUGAAAAGAUCAGGAGCAGUGCUGAGAGUGAACCAAAUCACCUUCCUCAGGUGCUGCUGACAAAAAAACCAGCAUCGGGCAAAGGACGGUGUCUUAUAGAGGAGAUUUCAAGUUCUGAAAUCCAGGUGGAGGUUAAGAAACCAGCCUAUGAAUUAAAGGUUGUAAAGGAUCAGAAUGAGAAACCUCUGAAAAUUGAACUGAAAAUCCAGUUACCUGGGAUUAACUCAGUCUCCCUCUGUGAGCUUAGUGUUUCUGAGGUUGACUUAUUGAUUGAGGUCUCUGAGAAGUACCGAUUAUACCUGAAUCUUCCGGAAUCGGUUAAUACAGAAACGACUACGGCAAAAUUUGUCAAAAAUAAAUCCGUACUAUUUAUUACAAUGCCACUGGCAUGAGAACAGAGUGUUCCGUGUUU